AUGGAUCCCCACUUUCAUAUUGCUCUUGUCCUCUUUGUUUUGGCUACUCCGAUUGCUUUUGCCUAUGAUAACAGUCCCCUGCAGGAUACCUGUGUUGCUGUAAAGGACUCAAAAUCUGCAGUGUUUGUGAAUGGAAAAUUCUGCAAGGACCCAAAGCUUGCCAUAGCCAAGGAUUUCCUCUUCAAAGGACUUGACAACUGUGGGAACACCUCGAACAAACUUGGGUCGAAAGUAACUCUGGUGACUGUGAAUGAGCUACCUGGACUCAACACACUAGGCAUAGCCAUGGCUCGCAUAGACUUUGCACCAUAUGGUCUCAAUCCUCCACACAUACACCCUCGUGGCACAGAGAUACUAACAGUCUUGGAGGGUACCCUAUAUGUUGGCUUUGUAACCUCCAACCCUGAUAAUCGCCUUAUCAGCAAAGUCCUUAAUAAGGGAGAUGUGUUUGUGUUCCCUAAAGGACUCAUUCAUUUCCAAUAUAAUGAAGGAAAAACUAAUGCUGUUGCCAUUUCAGGUUUAAGUAGUCAGAACCCUGGUAUCAUCACAAUCGCAAAUUCUGUCUUUGGAUCAAAUCCUUCCAUAUCGGAUGCUAUUCUUGCCAAAGCCUUCCAACUUGACAAGAAAGUGGUUGAUUAUCUUCAAGCUCAAUUCUAGAUGACAACUAUGAAGG